AUGUACCAACAUUACCGGACUUUUCAAGGAAGAAAGUUAACUGACCAGGAGCGGGUACGCGUUUUGGAGUUCCAGGAGUCUAUUCACUACUCCCCCCGUUAUUCGGAUGAUAACUUCGAAUAUAGACAUGUGAUGCUCCCCAAGGCAAUGUUGAAAGUUAUACCCUCGGAUUACUUCAAUUCAGAAAUUGGUACGUUGAGGAUACUCACGGAGGAUGAAUGGAGAGGUCUGGGUAUCACGCAAUCUCUAGGGUGGGAACACUACGAAUGCCAUGCCCCUGAGCCACAUAUCCUGCUUUUCAAGCGUCCACUGAAUUUUGAAGCUGAAUUGAGAGCUGCACAGCAGCAGCAGAUACAACAGGCGCAGGCUCAAGCACAAAGUCAAGCACCCACCGCUCAGGGGCAAAUACAGCAGACGAUAGACAGUGUCCAGCAGCAGCAAGUGCCUCCAGCACAACAACAAUGA